UUAGGGGAGGGAGGUAGCAAAGAGGGAAGGAGCGAGGAAAGGAAAGCCGGGAAGGGAGGAAGGAAACGAACGAGGGGGAGGGAGGUUUUGGAGGAGCUGGGAGCGUUGCCGGCCCCCGAAGUGGAGCGAGAGGGAGGUGCUUCGCCGUUUCUCCUGCCGGGGGAGGUCCCGGCUUCCCGUGGAGGCUCCGGACCAAGCCCCUUCAGCUUCUCCCUCCGGAUCGAUGUGCUGCUAUUAACCCGUGAGGAGGCGGCGGCCGCAGAAGAUGGUGUUGCUGAGAGUGUUAAUUCUGCUCUUCUCCUGGGCGGCGGGACUGGGAGGUCAGUAUGGAAAUCCUUUAAAUAAAUACAUUAGACAUUAUGAAGGAUUGUCUUAUGAUGUGGAUUCAUUACACCAAAAACACCAGCGUGCCAAAAGAGCAGUCUCACAUGAGGACCAGUUUUUACGUCUAAAUUUCCAUGCCCAUGGAAGACAUUUUAACUUACGCAUGAAGAGGGACACAUCCCUUUUCAGUGAUGAAUUUAAAGUAGAAACAUCAAAUAAAGUACUUGAUUAUGAUACCUCUCAUAUUUACACUGGACAUAUUUAUGGUGAAGAAGGAAGCUUUAGCCAUGGAUCUGUUCUUGAUGGACGAUUUGAAGGAUUCAUCCAGACUCGUGGUGGCACAUUCUAUGUUGAGCCAGCAGAAAGAUAUAUUAAAGACCGAACUCUGCCAUUUCACUCUGUCAUUUAUCAUGAAGAUGAUAUUAACUAUCCCCAUAAAUAUGGCCCACAGGGGGGUUGUGCAGAUCAUUCAGUAUUUGAAAGGAUGAGGAAGUACCAGAUGACUGGUGUAGAGGAAGUAACACAGACAUCUCAAGAACAUGCUGUUAAUGGUCCACAACUCCUGAGGAAAAAACGUACAACAUCAGCUGAAAAAAAUACUUGUCAGCUUUAUAUUCAGACUGAUCAUCUGUUCUUUAAAUAUUAUGGAACACGAGAAGCUGUGAUUGCCCAGAUAUCCAGUCAUGUUAAAGCGAUUGAUACAAUUUACCAGACCACUGACUUCUCCGGAAUCCGUAACAUCAGUUUCAUGGUGAAACGCAUAAGAAUCAACACGACUGCUGAUGAGAAGGACCCUACAAAUCCCUUCCGUUUCCCAAAUAUUGGUGUUGAAAAAUUUCUGGAAUUGAAUUCUGAACAGAAUCAUGAUGACUACUGUUUGGCCUAUGUCUUCACAGACAGAGAUUUUGAUGAUGGUGUUCUUGGUCUGGCUUGGGUUGGAGCACCUUCAGGAAGCUCUGGUGGAAUAUGUGAAAAAAGCAAGCUCUAUUCAGAUGGCAAGAAGAAGUCCUUAAACACUGGAAUUAUUACUGUUCAGAACUAUGGGUCUCACGUACCCCCCAAAGUCUCUCACAUUACUUUUGCUCAUGAAGUUGGACAUAACUUUGGAUCUCCUCAUGAUUCUGGAACAGAGUGCACUCCAGGAGAAUCUAAGAAUUUAGGACAAAAGGAAAAUGGCAAUUACAUCAUGUAUGCAAGAGCAACAUCCGGGGACAAACUUAACAACAAUAAAUUCUCACUCUGUAGUAUUAGAAAUAUAAGCCAAGUUCUUGAGAAGAAAAGAAACAACUGUUUUGUUGAAUCUGGCCAACCUAUAUGUGGAAAUGGAAUGGUAGAGCAAGGUGAGGAAUGUGACUGUGGCUAUAGUGACCAAUGUAAGGAUGAGUGCUGCUAUGAUGCAAACCAGCCAGAGGGGAAAAAAUGCAAACUGAAGCCUGGGAAGCAGUGCAGUCCAAGUCAAGGUCCCUGUUGUACAGCACAGUGUGCAUUCAAGUCAAAAACUGAGAAGUGUCGGGAUGAUUCUGACUGUGCAAAAGAAGGAAUAUGUAAUGGCGUCACAGCUCUCUGCCCAGCGUCUGAUCCUAAACCAAACUUUACAGACUGUAAUAGGCACACACAAGUGUGCAUUAAUGGGCAAUGUGCAGGGUCUAUCUGUGAGAAAUACGGCUUGGAGGAGUGUACCUGUGCCAGUUCUGACAGCAAAGAUGAUAAGGAGUUAUGCCAUGUCUGCUGUAUGAAGAAGAUGGAGCCAUCAACUUGUGCCAGUACAGGGUCUGUGCAGUGGAGCAAGCACUUCAUUGGUCGAACCAUCACCCUGCAACCUGGAUCCCCUUGCAAUGAUUUUAGAGGCUACUGUGAUGUUUUCAUGCGGUGCAGACUGGUAGAUGCUGAUGGCCCUCUAGCUAGGCUUAAAAAAGCAAUUUUUAGUCCAGAGCUCUAUGAAAACAUUGCUGAAUGGAUUGUGGCUUAUUGGUGGGCAGUAUUACUUAUGGGAAUUGCCCUGAUUAUGUUAAUGGCCGGAUUCAUUAAGAUAUGCAGUGUUCAUACUCCGAGUAGUAAUCCAAAGUUGCCUCCUCCUAAACCUCUUCCAGGCACUUUAAAGAGGAGGAGGCCUCCACAGCCCAUCCAGCAGCCCCAGCGUCAGAGGCCCCGGGAGAGUUAUCAGAUGGGACACAUGAGACGUUAACUGCAGCUUUUUGCCUUGGUUCUUCCUAGUGCCUACAAUGGGAAAACUUCACUCCAAAGAGACACCUAUUAAAUCAUCAUCCCCAAACUCAACCCUCACAAAUAACAGUCGAAGAAAAAAAUGGCAAGAGAUCGUGUCCUCAGACCAGGUGGAAUUACUUAAAUUUUAAAGCCUGAAAAUUCCAAUUUGGGGGUGGGGGGUGGAAAAGGAACCCAAUUUUCUUAUGGACAGAUAUUUUUAACUUAAUGGCACAAAGUCUUAGAAUAUUAUUAUGUGCCCUAUGUUCCCUGUUCUUCGUUGCUGCAUUUUCUUCACUUGCAGGCAAACUUGGCUCUCAAUAAACUUUUAUCACAAAUUGAAAUAUAUAUAAAUAUAUUUUUUUCAACUGCCAAUCAAGGCUAGGAGGCUCGACCACCUCAACAUUGGAGAUAUCACUUGCCAAUGUACAUACCUUGUUAUAUGCAGACAUGUAUUUCUUACGUACACUGUACUUUGUGUGCAAUUGUAAACAGAAAUUGCAAUAUGGAUGUUUCUUUGUAUUAUAAAAUUUUUCCGCUCUUAAUGAAAAAUUACUGUUUAAUUGACAUACUCAGGAUAACAGAGAAUGGUGGUAUUUAGUGGUCCAGGAUUCUGUAAUGCUUCACACAGGCAGUUUUGAAAUGAGAAUCAGUUUACCUUUUUCUUAUGAUGGAAUUGGUUCUGAUAAUCGUUUUGUCUUUGUCAAAUGGCUGCUAAGAGCACAUGAGUGACUACGCUGAAGAACACACAUUUCAAGAGUUGUGCAGACUGAACACAUGCAGCAUACUACUUCAGAAUUCUAUAUGUAAAUGUCUGAUUUCUGCUUACUUAUUUUAAACUAAUUCAGUUCCAUUGUUGAAUUGAUAGGUGAUGUUUUAUUCAUGCUUUGGUAGAAAUUAUGUCAGUGGAAUGAUUCUUUUUAUUUGUAGCCUCUUUUUUAUGUUUUCCAUAUAUCUCAAGUAUGCUACUUACGUUUUUGGUUUUGUCUGAUAUGGAAAAGAAAAGUUGUGUCUUUAUCAAAAUAUUUGAAUGUUUUUUUUUAGCAUAUCAUCACUGAUCAUUGGUAACCACUAAAGAAGAGUGAUUUGCUCAACUCAUAGUUAGAACUGUAGAUAGACCUGAUGUUUUUUUCCAUAAAAUAUUUUAACAGCAGUGAAGAUGAAACAGCACAAUGUCCCAUUCCAAAUUUAUUUUUUAAACAGUUGUAAAUAAUUGGCUUUUUAAAGAAAGAAAGCAGAAACGUUUAAUGUAUUAACAGGCUUAUUGCUAUGCAGGAAUGGAAGGGGGCAUUACAAAAAUAUUUUAAUCUUGUGACGUAUUUAUUGCUUAUGUUUUCCAACUACAUCACUUAAAUUAGAAGUAAACAGCUAUGAUUUUCCUGGCUUCAUAUAGGAGGCCAAUUUAGAACAAGUUGAAAAGAUUUGUGUUUUGGCUUUUUUUUUCCUUUUUUCUUAAGAGUAUAAGGUUUACACAAUCAUUCUCAUAAUGUGACGCAAGCCAGCAAGGCCAAAAAUGCUAGAGAAAAUAAUGGGAUCUCUUCCUUGUAAACUUGUACAGUAUGUGGUGACUUUUUUCAAAAUACAGCUUUUUGUACAUGAUUUAGAGACAAAUUUUGUACAUGAAACCCCAGAUAGACUAUAAAUAAUUCUAAACAAACAAGUAGGUAGAUAUGUAUGUAAUUGCUUUUAAAUCAUUUAAAUGCCUUUGUUUUUGAACUGUGCAAAGGUUGGAAGUGGGUUUGCAUUUCUAAAAUGACUUUUAUUCUGCAAGAGUUCUUAGUAACUUCUUGAGUGUGGUAGACUUUGGAACAUGUACAUUUUUUGCUUGUAAUGUUAUCCUGUGGUAGGGUUUUGGCAGGUACACCCUGCCCCUAUUUUAUUCUGAGUCUAAGUUAAAUGUUUUCUGAAAAGAGAUAUGUGCACUGAACUCUUUCCACUGCAAAUUAAGAUGUGGUAAAACAAAAGGAUCAAGACAAAUGAGAUCUAAUACUACUGUCAGUUUAAUGUCCACUGUGUUUUAUACAGUAUCUUUUUGUUCACUUUGGAAAUUUUUACUAAAAAUUGCAAAAAAUAAAGUAUUGUGAAAAGAUGUAAGGUUUUUUGAAACUUGAAAUGCAUUAAUAAAUAGACUUGAUUAAAUCAACUUGAAGGUCCCAUAGUCUUUGAACUCUGAGAAAGAACUCUAAGAAGCAGCUUCCCACAGGGCAACCUUUUCUUACUAAAUGAAAGAGACUGUUAAGCAGAAAGAGAGAGAGUGCCUCUUCUCAUACAAGUCCAUGGGAAAGAUUAAUGAUUAUAUAUCUCUGUGUCUACAAACAAUGAACAUUUCAAAAACAGUUUCAACAGCUUUACAUUAUUUCUAAUCAAUAUUCAAAGUGUUGGAAAGUGUCAGUGUUGGUGGAAGAGCUCACAUUUUGGAAACUGUGGUCUUACAUGUAUUUUGCAAAGUUCUGAAUGCGAAGUACUUAUUUUCAAACUCUAGUUUAAUGAUAAAUAGAUUUUGAAAAUUUGAGCCACAUUUUCCUGCUUUGUUAAAUUCAUAGCAAAUAAGGAGAGAACUGACAUAUCAGUCUUAUCUAGGAGAAGAAUUAGAAGCCUAGGAUGGUGCCCUAUACAGAAAAAUCUGCCCAAAGUUCUUUUUUCUUUUUAAAUUGAACAAGCUAUAAAUAAGUAGUAUUCGUCAAAGGAGUAAGUGUACAGUACUUUUUAGGUACUUUAAUUUAAAAACAUCAAAAUAUGUAUUAUGUUCAGUUUUGUUUAUGAAAUAUUAUUGGUUAUUUCAGAUUAUUGUAAAUUUGUUAUUUUUACUUUAGAGUUGAAAGCUUAAAUUUUGUUUAGGAUUUUUUCCCCCCGUUUUCUAAAUUCAGGCAACAACUCACAAAUGAAAUCAGCAAUAAAGUAAAUUAUUGCAGGUUGUGGAAUUAGUGUUCCCCAUAGUGUCAGCCUAUAUCGUACAGUUUUAGGGAAGUCUACUUUAUCUGAUCAGUUUUGUGUUAUGAGAUGUCUUCAGCAUUUUGUGCUUUGGGUAUUUCAUUUUUGUCAUAUUCACAGAUGAAGGUUUCUCUUAAGUCCUUAUCUCUGUCCCUGUGCUCUGUACAUUUUUAAGGCCCAAUGAUGAUUAUUUCUUCAAAGAUGGAAUUAGUGUCCUUGGCAGCUGUCAGUUGUGGGUGCUUGUGCGAUAAAGGUAUCAUGGCCACAUUUUUAAAAAGGGGUCCUUUUAGAGAUGCAAAUUGAAAUACUUAAAAAUGAAUUGAUAUGGUGUUCAGGCUUUGCUUAAAAAUAAUCCAGUUGUUGGACUCGGGUAGUGUGGGGGAUUAUAGUUGAAACAGGGUUGACCAUGAGUUGGUAAUUGUUGAAGUUGGGUGAUGGGUACUUGGGGAUUCAUUUUACUAUUUUUCUCUACCUGUGUUUAUAGCAGGAUUUUUCCAACAAAAGUUUUUUUUAAUGUGAAACAAAUUCACAUAAAAACUCAUUCAUUAAUGUUUUCAUUUUACAAUUCAGGAUGAUGGCCUAUAUUCAUAAUGAUUUUUUAUAAUGAUUUUUUUUUAGUGGAAUUAAAGUUGAACCAGGCAAGCUAACAUAAUUAUAUUCUGCUCCAGUUACAACGAAUGAUUAAUUGAGUUUAACUGCUAGGGUGAAUGCUUGAAGCUAUCAGUCAUUCAGCAGUCUUAGCAAGCAGGCCAUUAGAUCCCUCUUUAUUUUCUGAUUUUUGUUGGUCUUCCUAGCUAUCUAAGAAUAAUAUUUAUUUUCUGUUAAAACAUAUCAGGAAGUAUGAUUAGGUUAUCCACGUUUAACUUGUGUGCCCCAUAUUAGAAUAAAUGUUAAGAAGCUCAGUACAGUAAACUAUAUUCCACUCUGUUUUGUUGAAAUGUUGGUGACCCCCUAGAGGUGAAACUGUCCGAUUUAAAAGAUAUCCUGGUAUUACUUGUUUUCUGUGAAAAGAAAUUAGAAUAAUUUGAUACAGUAUAGGUUGUUUUAUAUAAAAAGCACUUCCAUUGCAUGAGUUUCAGAAAUCAUCUUGUAAAAUAAAGGCUGUUUGGUAAUAAGCAAAUCAGGAAAUUUUAUCCUUCAUUCUAAAUGUAUAUUUUAUUAUUCUUUUUUACUCUUGCCUUUUGUGUAUGGGAGGUAGCCUUUUAUUUCUCAACACAAAAGGCCAGUUUUUAUAAAUUAAGGUAUCAAGAUACUGUGAUUAACUUCUCAUUAUUUAAUUUUGUGAUUGUAGUUAGUUUUCAGUUUUCGUAAGUCCCUGUUAGUAGCAGCUCUGUUUAAGUGAAUUGGCCUGUUCAACAUUUUCCCCCCUUCUUCCUUGAGAUCUUACCAGAGGAUGUUUGGAAUUCUUUGGUAUGCAUGUGCUGAUUUGCAUGGACUGGUGACCACUGUUAUUCAUUGGGCAGAUACAGCUUAAGAACUUGGCUGUGUCAGCACCUCUGUUAGAUAGGAAUACGGUAGUGAAGUUAACCAUGUCCCUGCCCCUCGUGUCGCUUAUGGUCUGUGAAGUGAGACAGAUAUUAAUCAGGUAAUCAUGUGAAUACAUGUACAAUUCCAAACAUGAUAAGUGCUAUGAAGGUAGGCCUUUGGUAAUACAAGAGCCAGUCAGCAGGAUGGGACUGAGGGAAGAGGUGGGAACUAGCUAGGAGGGCCAGAGAAUCCUUUCCCAGCAAAGUGAUACUUGAGCCCCAAGGAUGAAGAGAGAUUAAAUGGGUUACGUGGGGUUUUAAAGAAUGUUGAAUGGCUAUAUACUGGGCACUGAUAGCUGAUUCAUCUUUGUGGAAAUAUAUAUAAACCUCACCAUUCAGAUUCCUUUGUGUAUUUUUUAAAAUGAUUUUUCAUUUUUGCAUAUUGUGUAUUCAUGUACUAAAAAGCUGGCUUCUACUUUGGCCAAUGUCAUACUUGAUUAUUGUUCGUCCGGAUGUUGGCCCAACAGUUUGGGAGUUUUGCAAGGCCCUCUGCUUUUCAGACCUUGACUUCUGUUUCAUGACUGCCAUAAGCUUGGGACAGGACAUCUAACUUUCUGCCAUGCUGAGUGAAGUGUCCAUCUGAUCUGUUGUUCCUUGACAUUCUGUAUGUCCUUCCGUCAUAGCACGUACCACGUUGUAAUGUAAUCCUGUCUAGUCUAAGCAACCCUUUUUAAGAAUCAUCUGUACUGGGUGCUACUUCAGUUCCCAUUCAGUUAGCAACUGGCUGCAUUUUGUCCUCACAGCCCACCUGGGACUGCAGUCCAAGUCUCAAGGAACUCAUAGUCUAGAGGAAAAAAGAGCCCAACAAUUACAACGCAGAGGGAUUUGUGCUGUGAAAUAUUCAAAUACAGAGCGGCUGGAUGCUCAGAGGUGUAUACGGGAGCCAUGAUGACUUCCCAAGGGAGAUAUGCUCGAGCUGACUUUGGAGUUUUGGUUAAAAGUUUGCUCUAACUCUUCCAAACUUAGUGUCAAAGGCUUUUAGAAAUGUUGUAAUUGCAGGGCUGUUCCUUUGACUGCGUCAUGCGUUGUCAUACUUCCAUGCCAGUGCGUAUGCUUUCCCCUCUGCCGGGAUUGCUCCUUCCCUCUUUGUUCUUUACAGAACUGCACUUUAUGAAUCUCCAUUUCCUUGAACUUGGCUGCAGUAAGUGUUCAAUAAAUAUUUGUAAUUUAAUAAAGGGUGUGUGCUUUGUAAAUAGACAAUGAAGCUAAUUUCACAAGAUCAGCACAAAAGUUAGUCUCUUUACAACACAUCACUGACACCUGUACUACAGGUUUAAUCGUUUCUGAUUUCUAAUGCCCCUGGCAGCAUAGCCUUCUUGCCUCACCUCACCUCCCAGGGAGAAAUUUUCUUUCAAAAUCUAGUAAUCCCUUGAACUUAUAGAAUGUAAAAUAUAUCUACCACAUUUUGCACGAGUGGGAAAAGCACAGUUUAGCUUUGGAGCGCAUAAACAACAAAUUGUGAUUCCUGGCACAAGAGGAAAUGGAUUAAAGAAGCUAGAAUUAGAAAUUAACUGGGGAGGCCUAGCUGCUUUGUGUGUAUGGACAAGUGUUUUCUUUAGCUAAAUCAACUGUGAUUUUUUUUAUUUUGCUAUUUCAUGAUGGCAAGUGGAAGUUAAACAUUUAGUGGGUAGUAUUUUCCUGCAGCAAACCUGCUGAUCAACAUUUUUCUGUAGAGUUUUUGUGUGAUUCCAUAGGUUUUUAAACAAAUGUUCAGAAAAAAGAAGUGGGGAGGGAUUAUGGAUUCCAGAGUCAAAUGGAAAUGCUGAAUUAAAAUCAAACAGGUUUUCUUUACUUUUAUCUUCAUUUAUUGAUUUUUAAAAAAAUAUUCCUUAGAGUCUCUGCUCUGCUAACACUGAAGUGACCUUUAGUAGAGUCUUAGUAGGUGGUGUUCCCAAGCUAGUUAACUCUUCAGCCCUUUUUUCUCCAAGACAGUCUGGGUUCUGCAAAAACAUUUUUGGAGUUUCUGCUGAGAUGGCUUGUGCCUUUGUAGGUCCCCUGGCUGGGGACAGGUUCUCCUAACCUAAAGAGUUCUCCCUGGGGUGUGGAUUUUCAUGUGUGUUACAACACUUGGCAUCGAGAGACAGUGGGUGACGAGAUUCAGAGGACAGGCCGUGAGCCUACUCCUUUGCUCCUACAAGCUGCUUUGCCUUCCGUGGCACAUUAAAGCAGCUGCCUGGGACAGUGGUCUCCAACUUUGUUGUACCCCAUAUUUAAAAAUCUUGAGUAUAUACUCCUAAUAUGGAAAUAUUUAUUUAUACUUCAUACAAUGUUAUUAUUGCACUACUACUAUGUAUGUUUUUAAAAAAAUGCAGAAAUCAUAAAGGGAUGAGAUAAAAAUGAAUGGAAGUUUCUUCCCACAUUCCAGCGGGUCAUUUUGCACACACCUUGGUGUGUACCCAACCCAGUUGGUAAAUCUCUGGCUUUAGAGACAGAAUCUAAAUAUCUUCCAAAUCAACUACCAAUGCCCUGCCCACAUUCCUGGCUUAAAUUUGCAUUCCAGUGAAACACUGUAGCUAUUAAAGAAUGCAGGCCACUUCUAGGUAUUUACUUCCAAAGAUGUCCGAGAUAUAGUUAAGUGGAAAAAACAAGUAUUAAUGAGUAUGUAUGGCAUGAUUUCUUGUAUGUGAAAUUUUUUAGUUUGUAAAAAUAUAUAAUUUAUGUAUAGAAAUGUCUAGAUUGAUACAGUAAAAUCUACUAUUUCUGAGCACUGGAAUUAAUGGUCUUGAGAAAGGAAGAGGAUUUUUAAUUUUUACUUUUUAUUCCAUAUUGUUUGAAUUUUUUAUGAAUUCAUUCUUUUUAUAAUAAAUAAUUUAAAAAACUA